UGAUGAUGACUGGACAUGUCAGUACAGUAAUGUCAACAGUAACACCAUCAGUCUUGAUGUACAGUAUGCCCCAGUGAUCACCUCCGUCCCCAGCAGCAAGGAUGUGACAGAGAACACCAGUCCCAACAUUGACUGUAGCAGUAACAUCACACCAGGCAACCCUUCAACAACAAGCUACAGGUGGACAGGUCCAGGUGGUUACAGCAAGGGUGGGGCUGUACUUGACAGACCUGUCACCAGGACUCAGGUAGGAGUGUACAUCUGUACUGCCUCCAACACUGCAGGACUGUCAGACACAGCUCAGGUCAACGUCAAUGUGCAGUAUGCCCCAGUGAUCACCUCAAUCCCCAGCAACAAGGUUGUGACAGAGAACACCAGUCCCAACAUCGACUGUAGCAGUAACAUCACACCAGGCAACCCUUCAACAACAAGCUACAGGUGGACAGGUCCAGGUGGUUACAGCAAGGAUGGGGCUGUACUUGACAGACCUGUCACCAGGACUCAGGGAGGAGAUUACAUCUGUACUGCCUCCAACACUGCAGGACUGUCAGCCACAGCUCAGGUCAACAUCAAUGUGCAGUAUGCCCCAGUGAUCACCUCCGUCCCCAGCAACAAGGAUGUGACAGAGAACACCAGUCCCAACAUCGACUGUAGCAGUAACAUCACACCAGGCAACCCUUCAACAACAAGCUACAGGUGGACAGGUCCAGGUGGUUACAGCAAGGAUGGGGCUGUACUUGACAGACGUGUCACCAGGACUGAGGGAGGAAUGUACAUCUGUACUGCCUCCAACACUGCAGGACUGUCAGACACAGCUCAGGUCAACGUCAAUGUGCAGUACGCCCCAGUGAUCACAUCCGUCCCCAGCAACAAGGAUGUGACAGAGAACACCAGUCCCAACAUCGACUGUAGCAGUAAAAUCACACCAGGCAACCCUUCAACAACAAGCUACAGGUGGACAGGUCCAGGUGGUUACAGCAAGGAUGGGGCUGUACUUGACAGACGUGUCACCAGGACUGAGGGAGGAGUGUACAUCUGUACUACCUCCAACACUGCAGGACUGUCAGACACAGCUCAGGUCAACGUCAAUGUGCAGUACGCCCCGGUGAUCACCUCCGUCCCCAGCAACAAGGAUGUGACAGAGAACACCAGUCCCAACAUCGACUGUAGCAGUAACAUCACACCAGGCAACCCUUCAACAACAAGCUACAGGUGGACAGGUCCAGGUGGUUACAGCAAGGAUGGGGCUGUACUUGACAGACCUGUCACCAGGACUCAGGGAGGAGUGUACAGCUGUACUGCCUCCAACACUGCAGGACUGUCAGACACAGCUCAGGUCAACAUCAAUGUGCAGUAUGCACCAGGAACCAGUGUCAGUAUAACUCCAUCCUCCCCACACACGGUAGUGGAAGGAACAGGACCUGUAUCUAUUAGAUGCACUGCAGACUGUAAUCCUUCUUGUGGACUCCAACUGAGGAAGGGGACUACUGAUGUAGGUCAAGGUCAAGUCACAUUGGACAAGGUCAACCGAGCCCAAGCUAGAGACUAUACGUGUGAAGCUGAGAAUGUGAUAGGAAAUGCCAGUAAACAGUUUACCCUCGUUGUUCACUAUCCUGUCAAUAUAAGUAUGUUUACGGUCAACUCGCUCAGUCGUUCAGUGACAGUUAACGAAUUGGAUCAAGCUACCUUGACCUGCCAGGUUGACAGUAAUCCCAAAUCAGUCAUCAGGUUACUGAAUGGAACUGAAGAGCUGACAAGGGCAGAUAACUCCCUGACAGCAACAUACAGACUGGAAUCAGUGGAAUGUAGACAAAGAGGGAACUACUCCUGUACUGCCACCAACAACAUCGGGGCACCUGUCACCACAAAGGUGGAGUUGCUUAUCAAAUGUUCUCCUCGACUAGAUGAAACAGUGCCCAAGCAACUCAAGUACGCCUCCAGGCAGGGUGAAAACUUGACUGUGUCUGUGCCAGUCCUGGCCUAUCCCCUUCCUACAUUCACCUGGAGUAGAUCCAUCAGCACCAGCCAGGACCUCACUGGUUCCUCCAGCCCUGUCUCAGACAUCUCAGUCACUGCCAGACUACACCUUACUAACAUCCAGGAACAGGACUUCGGGGACUACAGUCUUACAGUGGAUAAUGGUGUGGGCGGGUCAGUGACAUACACAGUCAACAUUGUGACUACAGGACCACCAAGCACCCCGACAAACAUCAGUGUCUCCCCAGAAGGCCCCUUCUCCCUACAUGUUUCCUGGAAGGAGGAGUUCAAUGGCGGAGCUACUCAGACAUUCACUGUAGAGUACAGCACAGACGAGAAGGACUGGAAGACAGCAGGGAGUCAUACAGAGACAGAAAGUGGGAAUUAUAUGACAUCAUCCAUCAAUGAUCUCAACUCUGACACACUGUACUAUGUGAGGGUUGUCGCCAGGAACCAGUUUGGAAGCAGCAGCUACACUGAACAUGCGACUGGACUCACGGAGAAGAAAGUUAUGGCCCCUGCAGCCCCUUCACAAGCUGGAUUAAUAGCUGGAGUGACAGUCGGUGUGAUAUUGGUCGUCGGCAUUGUGGUCAUCGUUGUCAUCAUGGCCAGGAAAGGAUAUAGAUGCAUAUUGCAGAAACCAGAUUCAACAGACACACAGAAUGCGUCACAGAUCCCCGAAAAUAGAGGAGAAAACGUGAAUUUCCAAGAUGUUAACCAGUACUCUGGGCUGCAAGAUAGCGCGGAUGACAAACAGACUUACACAGAACUGAAGAAUUAUGAAAAUACAGAAUUCCAUCCUUCUAAAGACACUGUCAACACCUAUGAAGAUAUCAACCAGACCUCAAGACAUGCUUCUGAAGACGGCAAGCCCGCCAUGUAUGUGAAUGCUGAUAUCAAAGGCAAAGAUUCGCCCUAUGUGAACACCUGAAACCAAUAACUGAAUCAUCAUUAUCUCUGACAUCAUAAUGGGUGACUUUGAAGGUUACAUACCAACUCAGUUGUGUCUCAACCUCUGCAACCUUCACCAAGAGGAACUUGCUGGUUUGCUGAAACCUAACCUUUUUGUAUCAUGGUCAUUUGUGAGAUACAAUUGAUUGGACACACUGAGGAGCGUAACAAUAGUUGAGUUGAAGGGGGCAGUGCUUUAGACAUAUUCAUA